CUCAGCAGGAGAAACUCAAUCAGAGAAAGGUUUUGCUGGAGAGCGUUCUGACGGCAUGAGUGGAAAAUCCUCUUCUGAGUUUAAGAGCAACUAGGAGAAACAUGAACAUCUUUUAUCCGUUCGUUUGGAUCCUGGACAUUUUUCAAUGGACUCCUUUCGAUUCAAAUCCAAUUGAUUGUUUUUUUAAAGGUCUGGUAGGAGCCUGUGGAGUUUCAGUCCUCUAUAAUCUGAUGAGAGUUUACAAUUUCAUUCAAGCAUGCAGUGAUCCUGACACUGAAGGUGGAGACAGACGGAGGUCGUCUUCCUCUAGAAAUCCUCUGAGGAGGAAAUGGAGAGCGGCGGUCCAGUUCUGGUUGCUGACCGGCGUCCUCUCUCUGGUGGGCCACAGGGUUUCCUCUCUCAUCGUGCUGGAGUUUUCCCUCAGAGCCGUUUCUGCAUUGGCCUCCGCCGGACAGGACGACGGGUCCAGAGGUCUGGAGCUGCUCCUGGUCCAGAGCCAGUUCUCUCUGGGCUGCAGCCUCACCUGCACUCUGGCCUUCAUCCAUCAGGGGGCGCUACACAGCUCCUUCGGCUUGCUCCUGGCCGCUGCGCUCAGCUGGGCAUUUGCGAGCUACAGCAGCGGUCUGUGGCGCCAUGUGGCCAGGCUGUUCCCGCUGCACAGGACCGAUGGUUACUGUGGGAAGUGCAUCAAUCUCCUAACCUCUGGACACACCAUGCUGGCCUCGCUGCAAAGAGUGGUUAUCUUGGCCUUUGGCACAGCAGCUGUGGCUUCCACCACCACGGUUUACGAGCACUUCUUAUCCCAGAAGGACGCGAUGAAGUUCUGGACUCCACUCACUCUCUGCUACACCAUGUUGGUGGCCUACAACCAAGAGGAGCAACAUCGGCUGAGCAUCACAGAGACCCUGCUGCGGACCGUGGUGCUGCGACUGGGAGGCCUGCUGGUUCUCAUGCUGGCAGUGGGAAACUGGACAGACGUUCUCCACAUCCUCGUCGCUUUUCUGGGAGAAGGAGUCUGUCUGCUGCCUUCUGAGGAUCUGCUGCAGGCUGCGUUAAAGGAAGAACGAGAACGCUGCCAGGACAAACAGAGGACCUGCCACAGAUCAAGGAUGAGAAUACAGUAGAAGAUGGUUAGCAAACACACCAUCGUGAGUCAGAGGAACGGGCUGAAUGUUUCUAGAAAGGCUCUGAAUUUAGUUUUGAAUUGGUGAGUGGUAUUUGAAAUGCAGUUUGGACAAGAAGGAGAAGGGGAUGGUUGGUAGCCAAAAGGAAAACAUUUCUGUUUUAUUUCAAGCUGAAAGAAAGAUUGAAAAUCUCUUAUUUCUUAUAUCUUAGUCAAACUUCUUAUGGAGAUGCAAAAACUUAUAAAAUACUAAAAACGUUCUGAAUGCAUGAACCAUUGGCUCGUGAAGCUCAACCUGUAAUAAUACCUUACAGAAAAAUGUCAAUGAUGCCCAGAUUUAUUUUAGUAGAAGUCGUGACUUUUUUACACAAUUCACCUUUGAAUAUUUCUGCAGAAAAAGAACAUUUUUAAGCAUACAUUCAGUGAAGUCUCGCUCUACCUCCAUGGUUCCCUGAUUGCUCCCACAUGUUAUCAACCUUUUCUCUACUACAUGAGCUCACAGGAAAACCUUUUAAUCUUAUUUCUUGCCCAGCAUCUUGCAGGUCCAGAAGCUUUCAUGAGAAACUUUCUCAUAAAAUAACAAUUUCCAAGUUUUUUAGCAAUAAAAUAACAUGGGACAAAGGACUGUUCUGUCUUUCCAGGAGUAGCGGAUAUUACCGCAGCUCUGAAUUAUGCUACUGUACAUUCAGUCGGUCAAUUAAUCUGUCAUCAUCGAUCUGAGGCAAAUUCUUCACCUUCCCAGGGAACAAUCAUUAUCAUACGUACAAACAGAUGUGGGGCUCCUUUUAUAAUUUAUUUUCACUCAGAGAUGAGAAUCAUUAAGAAACUAAUGCAAUCUAAGGCUGCAAGUCAUGAUUAUUGUAGCAAUCAAUUAAUCAGGUUUAAAAUAACUUCACAUUCUGCAGAUAUUUCAUUAAAGCCUUUUUUGUAUAAAACUAUAAGUACAACAAGAGAACCAGGUGAAGUUAAAGCUAUGCCACUUUGGGUAGAAAAUAAUUACAGACAGGUAUAUUUUUUACUUAAAUGCAACAUGUAUAUAAUUUUUGUACCUUUUUUGGUUUAAUUACU